ACGCGCUCUCGGAAGACGCGCUACGUCAUUUCCGUUCUCCACAGACAGGAGGGUGGGGACAAACAGCUGGUAAGCGAUGCCGUGAUCCGAGCUCCGAUCGGGCUGUUUUGCACACCGAUAAACGCCUUUCCCGGAGCCACUACAGGAAAUGACUGCGAGGCCUUACAGAUAGUUUGUGCUUUUGUUGCUGUGGCCCACGUUUGCCGAGACACCCCUAUCUGGAAGCACAUUUGUUUCCGUUGCGAGUAUUAACUACCUCAGACACUGGAAACUGAUCAAGGACUUGCUCGACCGCUGACCAGCUGUACGGCGCUCACAAACCUUCUGACCGACUGGAUCUGUCAGGCAUCCCAAGGCCACAUCACCCAUAGCUCACCCAUAGCCUGCCACUGUUUUUGCUCUCCUGAAAAUCCUGUCUUUUGCUGAGAGAUUUUUAAGAUUUUUCUAUUUUUAUUAGAGGCCUACGGAAAGAGCUUGGAGAGAAGGGUUUUUCGCUUCCAUUUGAAGGAUUGAUUAUGCACUUUGGAUCGAAGCUAGAUCGAGAGGCACCCGUGAACCAAUUCUAAGGGAAAAUAACUUUCACUGGGAUAUUUAUUAGUAUUUUUUUUGCAAACAUUUUGAUGUGAGCUGCGUUUGGAGUUGCAGCUGGGCUGCAAGAUUUCCUCUAACCUUUCUUCGCGACACUCUCUCCAUCUUUUUAGAGUGGGAUACUGUCAUGAAUGCCCCUCUGAUGGGAUCUUUAAGCUGUCUAUAUACUUGAUUCAAGGAGACCCAGAUUAAGCAUCCAGAACUCAUCCGAAGGUGAAGUCGAGAAAACCGAUACUCCCUGGGUGCAUUGGAUACUUAUGUAUUGUUGCAGUGCACAAGAAAGUAAAAUGGACUACAAGCUGCGCUUUUUGCUUGGCGGGUCCAAGCACAAAGUGCAGCAACACCAGCACUUCCAGUUGCCCGAGCUCAGCCGGACCCUCAGCGCCCCGUUGGGCUCUUCUUGCUCCACCCCUUCUCCUAUGGCGACCAUAGGCUCCUCCCCUUCUGGCUGCCAUGCCCCGCCCCCCAGCGCCACCACGGCUAUCGCGGACAUUCAGCAGGGCAUCUCCAAAUACCUGGAUGCAUUGAAUGCAUUCUGUCGCGCGAGUGCGUUCCUGACCGAGCUCUUUGGCAGCGUUUUCCGGGACUCCCGUUACUCCAAAGCAGCGAUGCAACUGAAGGACGUGCAGGAACAUGUCAUGGAAACGACCAGCCGGCUCACCACCGCAAUAAAGCCCGAGAUCGGCAAAAUGCUGAUGGAGCUCAGCGCAGGCGCGGCUAACUUCAAAGACCAGAACGACUUCAGCCGGCAGGAUGUGGAGGUGCUGGGCCGCUGCUUCCUGACGGUGAUGCAGGUGCAUUUCCAGUUCCUGUCACAGGCGUUGCAGAAGGUCCAGCCGGUGGCACAGUCCUGUCUGGCCGAGGCACUAGCACAGGCUCAGGAGAGACACGGAAAUGCCCAGACACAGAGCACGAGCCCCGGGCCGAUGUCGGAGCUGGAGGAGGCCGUCCGCUCGUGGAAAGGAGCGUCAGAGGUGACAGCGUGUCUCCGAGAGAGAGGGAGAGACAGCUGUCUGUCUGGGAUUCAGGUGCAGCAGCUCUUCUGCUCUCAGAACACCUCCAUCCCUGAACACCAGCUCAAAGAGCUCAACGCCAAGAUCGACAACGCUCUGCAGGCGUAUAAAGCAGCGUUAGACUCUUUGGGUCACAGUGAAUACGCGCUGAAGGCCGGAUUUCACCUUAAUCCCAAAUCCGUUGAAGCAGCUUUGCAGGGCUGCUGCAGUGACGCUGAGGCCCAGCAGGCCGGACGCUUUCACACCACGUCUCAGCCCAUCCAGUGUGAAUUACCCACAAUCCCCGUCCAGAUCGGCUCUCAUCUCCUCCGAGGAGUUUCCUUCAACGAAAGCGCAUCAGAUAACCUCAAGCUUAAAAUGCAUGCCGUGCUGCAGCUGAUCAAGGAUGCGGUGGAUCAGAACGGUGUGGCCGUGCGGGACGAUUCACCCGUCACAGAGGUACUGAACCAGGUGUGUCCCUCCAGCUGGAGAGGAGCCUGUAAGACGGCCGUUCAGCUGCUGUUCGGACAGGCUGGACUGGUUGUAGUUGACACGGCUCAGAUCGAGAAUAAGGAAGCUUACGCCCCUCAGAUCUCUCUUGAAGGAUCUAAAGUUGUGAUCCAGGUUCCUUCUACAUGGUGUCUGAAGGAGGAUCCAGCGACGAUGUCUCUGCUGCAGCGCAGUCUGGACCCCGAGAAGACCCUGGGCUUGGUGGACGUGCUUUACACGGCUGUGUUUGACCUCCAGCGCUGGAAGGAGCGCAAGGAACAGACUUUGCCCACCAUUCAGAUCCAGCUACAACGAGACACGACUGAUUACGGUGGCCCUGUCGAUCUCCCUCCGGGGAACAGCACCAAAUCCUCCAGCGGCCUCCCCAAAACCAUCUCCAAACUCACCUCACGCUUCACCAAGAAAGCCUCGUCAAAUUCCAGCGCAGGCGGCAGCUACUCCAUCCCCAGCACCCCGUCACGUAGCAGCGGCAGCUCGGACGAUCGAUCCAGCCGCCCGCACAGCCUCCUGCAGAUGAGCAGCAUGCCCUGCACACCUGACCCCAGCCACGCGCAGAUCGCCAACGGAGCGUCCGCAGACGAGCAGGGCAUGAACCUGCCCACCGACCAGGAGAUGCAAGACGUCAUCGACUUCCUAUCGGGGUUUAACAUGGGGAAAUCCCAGCAGGCGUCUCCGCUGGUGAAGAGGAGGAACUCAGUGGCGUCUACGAAUGCGGCCGACUUGAAGCCGCCCAGCGGAGCGGCUCAGCUCACCUCACAGUCUCAAGUGUCUCAAAUGUUGGCGCAGACCUUGCAGCAACAAACGCAGCAACAGCAGCUUCCUUCAACGCCUAAACAGCAGCAAACGCAGCCGCAGUCGCAGCCGACCUCACAGACUCUGCCGUUCUACCAGCAUCUCUUGCAGCCGAUUGGUCAGCCGCAGCAAACAUCACCCGUUUCCCCGCAGCUCUCUUCCCAGCAGCCUCCGCAGCCAAGAGUCCCCAGCAAGUGGCCCCAGGGUCCUUUAGGAGGCCUCUCGCCCAUCGGGCCCUUGACGCAGUGGCCCACCCCGGGCCUGCCUGACCUCAGCUCUGACCUCUACAGUCUGGGGCUGGUCAGCACAUACAUGGACAGCAUGAUGUCUGAGAUGCUUGGCCACAAGCCCCCGCAGGGACCCCGGAACAACACCUGGCCCAACCGAGACCAAAGUGACCAGAGUCUGUUCGGGGUGUUGGGAGACUCCAUGCCCUUUGACCCUGCAGUGGGCUCGGAUCCAGAGUUUGCGCGUUAUGUUGCCGGGGUCAAUCAGGCCAUGCAGCAGAAACGGCAGGCGCAGCAUGUUCGCCGGCCCAGCAACACCCGCAUUAACUGGCCACACCCAGACGAGCAGCACAGGGGCUGGACACACCCAGAGUACUACAGCGAGGGGGAGGCGGUCAACAGCGGCUGGUCAGCCAAUCAGGGGGAUUCGGCCAGCUCGAGUGACGAGGCGUCCUCAGCCAAUGGGGACAGUCUGUUCUCCAUGUUCUCCGGGCCUGACCUGGUGGCGGCUGUUAAACAAAGACGGAAACACAGCUGUGGCGAACAGGAAGUGUGCACUCUGCCCUCUCCUCCUCUCCACCACACCAGUGACGACAGUAACCAGGACAGCAAAACUAAAACCUGGCCUCCUAAGGCCCCCUGGCAGCACUCCUCACACACCAACACCAUGCCCAAUCCCAGCUCUUCCCUCUACCAGAUGACCAACCCCUCUAGCCAAUGGGGUGACUCCAUGCAAAUGCUGCAGUCUCCUGUGUGGUCAACAGCCAAUGACUGCCCUCCAUCCUCCGGGAUGUCCCCUGGCUUCCCGUUCACACAACAACAACAACAGCAGCAGCAGGUUUCUCAGCACAAGAUCCUGAGCAAAGGCUUUAAAACCUUCCCACUCAAACCCGAGCAUCGACCCUCGUACCUGCACCAGUACUGAGCUGGACCUGUGCUGGGAGAGGUCACCAACCAUUUUCAUGUAUUUUGAGUAAUGCUCAGGAUGUCAACCCAGUUCAGCUUUUAAAUGCUUUGGGUGGGACACCACUGAGAAAGUUUAUAAAGAGUUUUCGGUUAUGUUGGGGAAGCGGGAGGAUGUUAAUUAUCCAAACACGGUGUCGUAGAAACCUUGAUCUUCUGGUGUGCCGUGAACCUAAAUUAGACUCCAACCUUGUAAACUAGAAGUGUUUUUAUAGGGAAAUUUGCAUUUAACAUAGUGGUCAAUAACAUUUUUGUACACUGAUGCGUGUCAAACAUCACCGAACAGAACGUUACUGCCUUCCACGCUGUUCAAAAAAUGCAUGGUUCAUGCUAACAGCAGCUAGUCGGGCCAUUUAAUUGGCACCCGCAUCGGCACGACAGAAGCCUUCAGUCUCGCAGCGACGUUCGGCUUCGAGUUUACACGACUUUUUCAAGAUGCAUGGCCACCGUGCUCACUCACAGUGCACUAUCGCAGCCAAAUUAUGAAGAUUUGGACGUCCUACAUAACGAUACUGUGUUUAAAUAGCUGUAACUGCCAAAUGUCACGUGGGACGACUCAGACUGCAGCUCUCAGCUACUGUUCCAUAGCUUGUAAAUGACUAAAAAAAUAAAUAACUAUAAUUUACUUUUUAUGAAGAGGCUUUGAGCAGGCUCGGCAGAAAAAUAAUAAUCAUAGCAGAGGUGUAAUUUGAAAGAAAUACACUACUUUUUCAACAUCUGAGAGAUUAAAAAAAUAUAAAAAUACAAGUAAAAAGGAUGUUAGUAGUAACUUUGUGCCAUGUUGUUUUGAAUAGCACUUGCAGAUAUUUUCUCUAACCAAAGUAUUGUUUAGAGGGGGAAAUGGUGCUUGAAAUACAAAAGAAAUGCCGUUUGGGAGCCGUAGUAGUGGUUCUAUAUAGAAAAAAAAGAGAAAAAAACUCUUUAUUUAAAGCACAAACCCUUCUGUAUGGUCAAACGAUCAAUUUUCCCAUUGGCAUUCUUCAAAACGACACUAACACUUCCCAUAAAAAUAACAUGUAUUCCUUUCAAAUGCGAUAUAUUUCUUGUACAAAUAUUAUUAUAUUAACAGUAUUAAUCUUAUUUUUGUAUUUUCUUACACAUUAUACCAUUCUUCUAUAAGUUAGCGUAAUAUAGGCGUAUUAUUAAGUAAAACCUUAUUUUCCCAAGAUGUGAAGCACAUUUCUUUUCUUUCCUAGAGUUUAACUGUACCUUCUUUCUACAGAGGUUACCAAAUACACCAUUAUAAACACUAAUAAAUGGUUGUGGUUGGAUAGGGGUGUGUUUUUUUUGGUCAUUUUGAGCCCAGAUUCCUGUUGGUUUCUGUGGUUUCGGGCUGCAUCUGAAAAGCCCAGAAUGUUAAUUUUGUGACGUUUGCCGAUGCCAAUGUUGCCUGUAUUUAUGAUAUGACCAUGUUUUCUGAAAAUUAACAUACUUACCAUGUUUACAGAGAAUCGUUUGCUGUAUAUAAAUAUAUCUUUUUAUAGUUAUGUGCUUUGCACAAUCAAAAUGUAGGUUCGUUGCUUCGUCCGUGUUUUUCUCCCAAACGGUUUAGGCAUUUUUUUUUUUUUUUUUUAUUAAACAUCUUCGAUGACCUCGGACUGUAAUGCUCAACAUUUCUCAGCUGUGUCAACAUGGUUUACUAGUGGCUUCAAAAAAAAGUUUAAAGAGUUUAAAAAAUUAAAAAGAAAGAAAUGACAUUGCCCUGACUGAAGACAUGAGGGGCGACUGCUUGGCUUAUGUUGCUUAUUGUUCACUAGAGCUGGCAACUGAUUAUUUCCAAGUGUACCAGCAAUGCAAAAAAUAAAUAUAUAACAUAA